AUGUCAUUUACUGUACAAUUACCAAUUAUGAUUCGACCUUCACCACCAAGAUUUCUUAAUUAUGGUGAUACAGCUCACAUCUCAGUUGUUUUACAAAAUCAAACUGAUCUAUCCGUCUUACUACAUGCUGGUUUAAGAGCAACUAAUGCUAAAUUAUUAACAUCACAAACAAAUCAACAAGCAGUUGGUUAUUCAAUUGUACUGCAACCCAGUAAACGUGCUGCUCUUAUAUUUCCGUUGUCAACCAUUCAUUCUGGUACUGCCCGAUUUCAGUUCAUAGUUAGUACUAUCAAAAAGGAAACAUGUGCACAAUUUGAUGAUGCCAUUGAACGAAGUUUACCUGUAUUCACACCAGCAACAUCUGAAGCAUUUGCAACAUACGGUGACAUAUGUGAAGAAGAAGUAGUUUUACAACCAGUAGAGACACCAAAAAAUGUUAUUCCACAAUUUGGUGAAUUAUCAAUAACAACAAGUUCAACAGCAUUAGCAUCAUUAACAGAUGCAAUUAUUUCACUCUAUACAUAUCCAUAUGAAUGUACAGAACAAUUAAGUUCAAGACUGUUAGGUAUACAAGCACUAUGGGAUGUUUUACAAGCAUUUCAUUGUAAAGAUUUACCUGAAGUAUCAGUAUUGAAAACUAAACUAGAGUCAGAUCUAAAUACACUAAAAGGUCGUCAAUAUUCAAAUGGUGGAUUUGGUUAUUGGACAAAUCGAAAUGACUGUUACGCUGCUCCAUAUAUGAGUGUGCAUGUUGCACACUGUUUAGCCGUUCUUGUGAAUAAAAAGGUAUUUAAUGUUAACAAGAACAUGUUGAACAACUCACUAAAAUAUCUUGAAAAUAUUGAAUCUGAAAUUAAUCAAUUAUCAUACACUAAAUAUUGGUCUAACUUAACUCGAUUUAGUUUGAUAAGUUAUGCAUUAUAUGUGCGAGCAAAACAUCUUCAAUAUGUAGCUGACGAAGCUUCACAAUUACUUCAACUUAGUGGAUUUGAUAAACUUAGUUUAGAAGCAUUAGGAUGGCUAUUAAUAGCAUUAUCAACGGAUAAAAAUAAUAAUAAAGAUCACAUAAUUGAAAUAAUAUGCAAACAUCUCAAAGGUAAAGUAAGUGAAACUAGUGAAACAGCUAAUUUUAUUACAUCAUAUGGCGAUGAUGGUCAAUCAGUCAUGUUACAUUCAAAUCAACGAACAGAUGCUAUUUUAUUAGAAGCAUUGUUAUAUAUUGAUCCAAAUUCAACUCUCUGUACUAAAUUAUCCAAAGGUUUACAAGCACAUAAAGUGAAAGGUGCAUGGGGGUCUACACAGGAAAAUUGUUUUGCAUUAAUUGCAUUAGAUAAAUAUUUUCACAUGAAAGAAAAAGAUACACCAGAUUUUGUUGCUGAUAUUUGA